AUGAAAAUCACAAGUAUUGCCUUGUUGGCGAUAUCACAUUUGCUAAGUUUAGCGCAAGCUAUAUGGCUUGAUACUAACAAUGUCACCACGAUCCAAAUGGACUGCGCCUUGAUAGCUGAAGGGCUACUAAGCUACUACGAAGGUUCCAAGUAUGGGGGAACCAUCGGCGAGUUCACAUGGCCGUACUAUUGGUGGGAAGCCGGCGGGGCGUGGGGGUCGUUGAUCGACUAUACCUAUUUCUUUGAAAAUGACACUUAUGUUCCCUUGAUCAAAGAAGCCAUGUUGUACCAAGUAGGUAAAGAUAACAACUAUAUCCCGUUGAACCAAAGUACUACGGAAGGUAACGACGAUCAGGGAUUUUGGGGCAUUGCAGCCAUGGGUGCCGCUGAGAGAAACUUCAGCAACCCCGACAGCGACAAGAUUAGUUGGUUGGGUUUGGCUCAAGCGGUGUUCAACACCAUGACUGCUAGAUGGGAUCACGCCGACUGCAACGGUGGAUUGAGGUGGCAGAUUUUCCAGUGGAACUCCGGCUACGAUUACAAAAACUCCGUUUCCAAUGGUUGUCUUUUCCACUUGGCUGCAAGAUUGGCCAGGUAUACUGGAAAUGACUCAUAUGUCGAGUGGGCGGAACGAGUCUGGGACUGGAUGUACGGAGUUGGGUUGUUGACUGAAGGCGACCUGUGGUUUGUUUACGAUGGAGUCAAGAUUGACAAUAAUUGCUCAAACAUCACCAAAUUCCAGUGGAGCUAUAACCAAGGCUUCAUGCUUGCUGGUUGCGCUUAUCUUUACAACUACACCGAAGAAGAAAAAUGGUACAAUUAUACUCACCAUUUGUUGAACAGCGCUCGAGUCUUUUUCAGGAACAUGAACGGAAGUGAAGUCAUGUUCGAGGCAGCGUGUCAAGACUAUAAUUCGUGUAACGACGAUCAACGAUCAUUCAAGGCUUAUUUCUCAAGGUUUCUCGGACUAACCUCGGUGUUGGUGCCGGAUACGCAACCGACUAUUUAUAAAUGGCUCGUGGAUUCAGCAAAUGGUGCCGCUGGUUCAUGUACCGGUGGUUUGGAUGGCCAUACCUGCGGGUUGAGUUGGACAAAUUGGACAGUUGGAUGGGAUGGCUAUUACGGACUAGGCGAGCAAAUGUCGGCGUUGGAAGUGAUGCAGAACUUGAUGUCGUGGCAUAGACCUCCGCCAUACACGGCAGAAACGGGAGGAAGCUCGCAACCGCAUCCUGCUAGUGGUUACGGAACUGCUCCAAGUAACACCCCACCUUUGGAUUUGGAUGCCGGAGAUAAAGCUGGAGCUGGGAUCCUUACUGCUGUCAUUGGUAUAUCUCUCGUGGGAUGCUGUGUUUGGCUACUUCUUUAG